UGGUUUCAGUUUGCCUAAGAGGAAGGUGAAGACGGGCAGAAAACACCUUUUUCAUCAAGCCUGUUUUUUUCCUUCUUCUUCAAUGUGGGACCAAGGUAUACUAAGAGAAAGGAGUCCUCCCUGGGAGAGUUAAGGUGACAAACUGCCUUGUGUAUGGGACAGCGAGAAGGAUUUCCUGGAUAAGGGGAACGCCGACACAUUGUGACAUGGGACACAGGGACGCAGCAAUGUUACUAGUGGGUAUUCUGUUCACUUGGCUGCUUCCACAAAUGACAGAAUCCAUUGACAUCAGCAUACAACCGAAAGACAACAUCACUAUCACAAUAAAACCUGCUUCUACUCGACCGGUAUCCCCAUCUUGCUUCAUCUGUACUAAAAAAGAUGGCUGUAAACUUUCUACAUUAUGGAUAGGCCCAGGGAUGACUGUGGGGUACACCUUCAGCUGCCCUUCACCUGAAAAAUACUUUGUCAUGGAGAUACUCAAUAAAAUCGAUUGCAACAGUGGUUCGUGUCCCUUUGGAAAUGUAGUUCUACAGCCUGCAAGCUUGACUGGCCUUAAUAGAACAUUCUCAUGGCACGUGGCAACUGCCCAGAAUAUUGGCUUGGUAUUAAGCUUUUCAACUCCAUGGCUAAAGCAAAUAGAUUCUUCAAUGAAAUGCCCAGAUCUAGUAACUUACACCAUUGGAACUUUUGUUAGUGGUUCCUCCACCAGUAUUGGAACCUUUUGCUCAAACGGCACUGUAUCACGUAUUAAGUUGCAAGGAGGGGGAGUUGUUACUCUUGAAUUACCUUGGAAUGAAACGCUCACAGAGUCUGGAUUCAGCAUAGCAAACCGGUCUUCUAUUAGAAGGCUGUGUAUUAUUGAAUCCACCUUUCAGAGAGAGUCCAUGAUAACCAUGAUGUCUGCAAAUUAUCCAAAGGGGUUCCCCAAUGAUGAGCUCAUGAUGUGGCAGUUCGCCAUUCCACCAGAUCACAGAGCCAGCGUUCAGUUUCUAAAUUAUACCUUGCCCAACUGCUUGAGGAAAGAGGAGCGAGUGGAAUAUGAACUUGCUUCAUUCCACAACAAUCCAGAAGUAUACAAACUACAAGGCAAUCAACCUGCAAAUAUACCUGGAAACUUCAAUAUGUCCUUGUACAAUUGUGACAUGGACAAUCUCAACCCAAGUGCCCUCACAUUGGUCUUCAGUGUCACAGUUCAGAAGACUCCAAAUGAAGCAAAUAAAACCUACCAUAUUGAUCUAAGAAGAGACAAUGAUAUGAAUGUGCGCAUCUCGAAGCGGCCCAUAAGCGGUCGUCAGUUUGUCAGACUCUGUCUCAUCUGCCAAGGCCAAACUGACUGCGGUACGGAGUUAAACCUGGCAGGCGGCAGAUACUAUAGAAUUUACUUCCUUUGUGAAAAUUUGGACAGCCUGAUGGUAACAGCAGAGAGUGUCAUAGCAUGCUCAGAUAUUAAAACCUGCACCAUAAAAGAUAGGAACCUUGCCAUACACCCGUCUUUGGUCCACCUUCCUGUACGUCUGGAAACAAUCACUUGGAAACUAAUACCUCCACCAAACAGCAGUACUGAAAUAGGGUCCAAAAGUUUAAAACUACAUCAGCCUCUUCCAGGACAAACAUGCAACGCAACAACUACAGCUUUUGAAUAUGGCAUCGCCAGCUCUACUCAAGAAGACCAAUUUAAAAUUGGAACAUUUUGUCCUAAUGGGUCUGUUGAAAAGAUUCAGAUGAAAGGCAACGUCACAAUCAUAUUGAGCACACGGAAAUAUGCCAACACCAGCCAUAUUCUCAUACAUGACUUGUAUGCAUCCUUUGUAACACGCCUUAGAGAAGAGGUUUAUUUUACCGUGAGCCCCAAGACUGGCUCCACCACUCACCUUCACACGCCCAACUGGGAAGAAGGACUUCCAGACUAUGUUUCUCUCUCCUGGAACAUAGAACUUGCUACAAAUCAGUUUGCUAAAUUAACAUUUGAUAGGGAAAAGAUUGGCAUUAUGUGUCAAAUGAACAGCGCGCUUCUCAGGGUGAGGGAAAAGAAAGCGAAUGGCAUCAACAUUGUAACAAAAGAAGAUGAGAAAUUACCACGUACAUUGGAUCUUUACAAUCCAUUUUGGGUGAAUAUCUCCAACUGCAAACCCAAGGGCAGAGACAAUAAGCUUCAAAUACAAUUCACUAUAACAACCGAUUACAGUAGCUCAGAUACAAAAAUCAUUGCAAUUGCUGCCGCUGCUGCUGCAGGCGCUGUUAUUAUAGCCAUUGUAGUAGCCCUCUGCUGCAUCAGAAAAAAGAAAAAAGAGAAAGAAACCCCUCUGGGGAUAUACAAUUCGAAAGUUAACACAGAAAUUCCAAGACGUCAAGGUUUUUUGAGAAAAGGGAGGAAGAAGGAGUCCCAUAUAUAUGCUGUGAUCGAUGAUACAAUGGUCUAUGGCCAUUUGUUGAAAAACACCAAUGGUCCGAGCAACCCAGAGGUGGAUGUGUACCGCUCCUUUGAAGGAAAUAUGUCGGAUCCUCCUCCUCCUCCUGUUCCCCCACUUCUGUCUUCCAAUGGGAGUACUAAAGAGGACCACUGGCAGGAUCCACUUGCCCUUUCAAUGACACAAAAUGAACUUUACACCUUCUCAGAAACUAUCCCAAAGGUCCCUGUUGAAGAUGAAGAUACCAGCUUAUCCUUUCUAGACUAUCAAGGGAAUGGAAAUGUACCAUCAGUCUGAUUUGUUUGAAGAAUGGAGAU